AUGCCUCUGCGUCCUCGCCCUGUACCACAGAUUAUAGCCAGCGGCUGCCGCUGCAGAUCCCAGGCCGUGCACCCAUGGGGGAAAGAGCACAGCGGAGCAGAACACAGCAAACGAAUAUGCCAAAGGCUACGAGGGUUCGCUUCGCGGUUCGUCUCCUUGAUGCUUGGACGGGACCCACUCGUGAUUCUCCUUCGUGGCCUGUCUCUGCUCGUCCUUGUCUCCAUGGCUGCUCUUGGCUCGUCGCUUCCUCUACUCGUGGCGUGCCUCCGUGGCGUCCCCCUGGCCCUGCCCCUGUGGCCCUCUCCUGGCCCUGCGGCUCCAGUGGCUUCCUUUCCUCGUGGCUUCCAGAGUGAGUUUUUAAGCUCCUGCCUGCCCAUUCACGCAGGUGCGGUGAUUAGGGGGGACGUCCAGUGA